AUCCAUGGCUAUUCCUUCUUCUCUUCCAUCUCUCCUUCUUCUUCUUCUUCUUCUUCUUCUCUUCUCUUCUCCCUCAUCUCCACAACCAUGUCCUCCUCCUUCAUCUUGUGGUGACCUCACUGAUAUCCACUAUCCCUUCUCCCUCAAACACUCUAAUUCUCCUUCUUACUGUACAGAACCAGGCUAUGAACUCACUUGCAACUCCAAAACCAACAAAACCAUCAUCAAUAUCCUUUCCAACAACUACUAUGUCUCCAAUAUCUCUUACACUAAUUCCACCAUGCAUCUCAUUGAUGUUUCCAUGUCCAAUGGCAGUUGCAACCUUCCUCUUCAUUCUCUCCCAUACACUCAGCUGGUUUCCAAGACUAACUUCAAUCCAAUACCACAAUGGGCUAAUUUUGUCAAUUGUUCACAGGAAAUCAACAACUCCAUUUACAAGCCCUUACCUUGUUUGAGCAGCAAUGGGAGGUUCAUUUAUGUUAACUUUGAUUCUUUUGGGGGAUAUUCUCAGAAUCUUAUGGUGUCUUGCAGCUUUAUCUCUAUGAUUCCCAUUGAUCAUGUGCCUUCAGGAAAUGAUGAUGAUGUGUUUCAGAUUCUUGCCAAGGGGUUUCAGGUUUAUUGGGGUUUUGGUGAUUUAACAAUGUCUUGGCUUUUUUAUAACUGUUUGGAUGUAUGUAAAAGCAUGUUCAAGGAGAACAUCAGAAGUGAUGUUGUUUUCUCUGGGAUUGUUUCACUUGUUAGAAGUGAGAAGCAUUUUCCUGCAUGUUUGGAUGAUUAUAGUGGAAUGGGAUUGAAUAAUUUCAAACUGAUAUUUUGCCUUUCUAUUGUUGUGGUGGUGUUGAUUCUGAGUAUUCAGCUUUUGAUAGUGUUGGCAUUGAUAGGAAGAUUUGUAAUUGCACCAUUAACAAUCUGUGCAUUUCUCUUGUACAAGUGGACUUCAAUGAUGGUUUCUAAUGAUUUUGUUGAGAGAUUUCUGAGAAAUCAUCAGCAGACUUUGGCACCGACACGGUAUUCGUAUACCGAUAUCAUAGCAAUGACAAGUCAUUUCAGGGAGAAACUUGGUCAAGGAGGAUUUGGUUCUGUCUACAAAGGCCGUUUGCCCGGAGACCGUCUGAUCGCCGUCAAGUUGUUGAGGAAUUCGAAGAGCAAUGGUGAUGAUUUCAUCAAUGAAGUUUCAACCAUUGGAAUGAUUCACCAUGUAAAUGUCGUGAAACUAAUUGGUUUUUGCUCAGAAGGAUCGGACAGGGCAUUGGUUUACGAAUACAUGCCUAACGGCUCACUUGAUAAGUAUAUCUUUUCGUCGAGUAACUCAAACAAUAAGUUCUCCUCCGCGAAACUCAAUGAGAUUGCUUUGGGAAUUGCUCGGGGAAUCAAUUAUCUACAUCAAGGAUGUGAUAUGCGAAUACUGCAUUUCGAUAUCAAGCCGCAUAAUAUUCUUUUAGAUCAUAAUUUCACUCCAAAGGUAUCGGAUUUCGGUCUCGCAAAGUUGUAUCCAAGGGACAAUAGCUUGGUAGCGGUUAGCGCCGUGAGAGGGACAAUAGGAUAUAUGGCUCCGGAGCUGAUAUCAAGGAGUUUCGGUGUAAUUUCUUAUAAAUCUGAUGUUUAUAGUUUUGGAAUGUUGCUCUUGGAAAUGGCAAGCGGGAAAAGGAAUGCCGAUCCAAAAGUAGGAACUACGAGCCAAAUUUACUAUCCUUCAUGGAUUUACGACAAACUUAAUCCAAUCAAUGCCGAGACAGAGAUCAUUACCGAACCCGACAUUGUCAUCAAUGAAACAGAGAAAAAGUUAUGUAUGGUGGGUUUAUGGUGCAUACAAAUACGGCCGAUGGAUCGCCCGCCGAUGAGCAAAGUAGUAGAGAUGUUAGAAGGUGAUGUCGAUAGCUUGCAAAUGCCACCGAAACCUUUCUUCGCAGCUUCUAAACCACAGCUCUCGCCAACUUUAUUCUUGAACUCUACUGAGGAUGCUGAACACACCACCAUUUCGGAAGACGAUUAAACGAUGAAUUGGAGUCACAUCUAUAUUUCGGCAUUUUUUCCGAUACUAAGGAUCUUGAGACUUUGCCGCAAAAUAUCGAUGUCUCUCUCCUUCUUGAUGUUUUCAUUCUCCAUUGCUGCUAAUCUUGAUGUCAAUGCUUGAACUGUCUCCUCUUUGGCCUUCAAUUCCUUUUGGAGUUCUUCAAUUAUAAGGUAUUCUGAAUCACCCUGUGAACACUUCUCCCCUGCAAAAACAAGCCCAUCUUAUAUGUUUACACCAAUUUGAUUUAUUAGUUUACCUAUAUAUAUAUAUAUAUAUAUAUAUAUAUAUAAAUAUCUUCUUUCUUUUUUGGACAUGUAAGCAUUAAUAUCUUUUUAGCUUUUGAUAUAACAACAUGGAAUAGAAAGAUUCAUG